AUGUCUUUGGACAGCGGCGUAACCAAGGGUCAGGCCAACGACGGCACCGUCGAAUGGGAGAGGGCGAAGUUGGAGAGGAGAGAGGCUAUGGCUUGCUCGUGCGAGGACAUGGCGCGGUUUUGGGGAUUUCAGUGGUGGGAGCAUGGUGUGGGGUUCCUUGGCGACCACAUAUAUUGGCGUUAUCAUCCUGCAUGUGGUCAUCAUUUUCGGCUUUAUAAGGAGAUCAUGUACAGAGAACAAAUAAACAUGUUGAACGUCUCUUCUAGUAAUCAGGAACUAGAGAAGUUAUCGGGAUAUGAGUACGAAGUAUUUUUAAGCUUUAGAGGACCAGAUACCCGUAAUGACAUUACUAAUUACCUUCACACUAGCAUGACUGAAGCUGGAAUUCGGGCAUAUAUAGAUGAUGAAGAGCUCCGCAUUGGUGAAGAGAUUAGCUGUCAGCUUCUCCAAGCAAUUGAGCAGUCAAAGAUCUCGAUACCAAUCUUUUCCAAAGGAUAUGUAGACAGUACAUGGUGCCUUAGGGAAUUGGUCAAGAUGGUGGAUAGCAAGAACACAAGGAGACAUAAGAUUAUGCUCAUUUUCUACAACGUUGCACCAUCUGAGGUAAAGUACCAGACUAAUCACUACGGCAAUGCCAUUGUUUCUCAUGUAAACAAGAAGCGGUUCAAUGAUGAGACUAUCAACAAUUGGAAGGCUGCUCUCAAUGAGGUUGGAGCACUAAAGGGAUGGGACUUCCAAAGCAUGCCACAUAGAGGGAAAGGUGAAAUUGUGAAAGAAAUUGUCAAUAAUGUUUUGACUGAGUUGAAAACUGCCUACUUGGAAGUAUCUGAUUGCUUAGUUGAAGUAGAUAGUCAUGUGGAUGAAAUCAUGAGGAUGAUAUGUACACACGACCAUGAAACAAAGAUCAUUGGAAUCCAUGGCAUCGGUGGCAUGGGAAAGACGACUCUUGCCCAAAUAGUGUACAAUCAACUUUCUGAUGAUUUUUGUAAUUGUUGCUUCCUUUCUAACGUCAGAGAAACAGAGAUCACACGAUUGCAAAAUCAGCUCAUAUCGAGCAUUCUGAAGAAAAGAUGGCCCAAAAUCGACAAUAUUAUGGAAGGAAAAAAGGUGAUUAGGGAAAGGUUAUGCUCUAAAACAAUGCUUCUUUUGCUUGAUGAUGUUGAUGAAGCAAGUCAACUCGAUGCGCUCGUGCAAAAGCGUGAGUGGUUUAGGAAGGGAAGCAAGAUUAUCAUUACAACUAGAGAUCGAGGAAUUCUCAAUGUGCCUACACUUGUUGAUUGGACUUAUGAACUUAUUGGCAUGGAUUUUGAUCACUCUCUUCAACUUUUUAGCAAGCAUGCCUUUAGAAGAGAUUAUCCCAUAGAACAAUACAUCUUUCACUCGGAAAGAGCUGUAAAAAUUUGUGGUGGUCUUCCUUUAGCUCUUGAGAUGGGAGGAGUUCAUGGAAUUGGAAGUAUCGAAGCAAUAUGUCUCAAGCUUGAUGAAAGAUCUCAAUGCUCCUUGAUAAAAGAAUGCCUAGCAAGUCUUUCAAAUCUAAGGUUCCUUCAAGUGGAUAGCAAAGAAUUUGAUGGAAUCACAAAGUCUAUCCUUAAUCAACUGACCAAUUUAUCCAUGAGGAAGCUACUAAUACUUGAUUUGUCAAUGAGUAGAAUCACUGAAAAAUGGGAUGGAUGGAGCCACAUCAAGAGAUUGAUUCUCGAAAAUUGUGAGAAUUUGGCUCAGAUUCAUUCAUCAAUUAGUCAACUUAAGAAGCUAGUCUUCUUAAACUUGAAGGAUUGUAACAAUCUUCGAGAGCUACCAGACGAGAUGGGGGCACUAGAAUCUUUGAGAGAACUUCUUCUUGACUCAACAGCUAUAGAAGAGGUUUUGAAUGGAGAAGGAUGA